AUGGCGGACUACUUCGAGGAGCUGGGCUGCGAACCGAUCGAGGCGGACCAAACCGAAUCGCACCAGUUGCUGCUGAUGGUGCGGUUCCUGCAGCAGAACGGGUUUUUCGCCGAUGAACUCUCCGCGGAGCAGCUUCCACCGCCGGCAUCGAAGCAGGUGGUCUCGGAACUUCCGGAACGGCAUGUUGGCCCCACCGACGAACGCUGUGCCAUCUGCAUCAAGCCGAACGCCGACCGCCCGGAAGAGAACGGGAUAUUUUUGGAACUGCCCUGCAAGCAUCGGUUCCAUCGAACGUGCAUUUUGCCCUGGUUGGAGAAGACCAACAGCUGUCCCCUGUGCCGGCAUGAGCUCAAGACGGAUGACGAAAAUUACGAAGCUCAGAAGAAGUUUCGCCAAAGAGCUGCCCAACGGGAGCAGGAAAUCGAUGAUUUGCACAACUCUAUGUAUGGUUAA